AUGAGUCUGUCACGCUCCGAUAUUCGUAAGCUGCUCAAAUACGAGUUUUUGCGAGGUGCCAAUGCGCCGACGGCCCUGGAGCGCAUCAACGAAGCUCACGGUCCGGGAACUGUGUCUCGAACUACGGCGUUUGACUGGUACUUCAAGUUUAAAAACGGAAAAAUGGGCGUCGAUGACCAGAAGCGAAGUGGCAGACCGAAAACCGUCGAUCGAGCCGGUGUCCUCAACUUUCGGGCAAAAAAGGUGUUGUUGUGCGUCUGGUGGGACCGACGCGGGCCAAUUCACUGGGAAUUGAUGCCAAACGGUCAGACAAUUACGGCCCAAGUGUAUUGUGAGCAAUUGGAGCGAGUUCGACGCAAAAUGCGCAAGCGCCGAAUUCCGGUGAUUUUUCUCCACGAUAACGCGAAACCGCACACAGCUCAGUUGACGCGCGGCAAAUUGGCCGAAAUGGGCUGGGAGGUGCUGGAUCACCCGCCAUACAGUCCGGACAUCUCCCCCACCGAUUUCCACUUGUUUCGCGGCCUGGAACAUUGGAUCCGUGGCAAAAAAUUCGAUUCCUCAAGGAAUUUUUCGCUUCGAAGGCCCGUGCUUGGUACGCUCGUGGCAUCAACCUGCUUGAAGAACGCUGGCAGAAGUUAAUUGAAUCUGGUGGAGAAUACUUUGAAUAACUUAUUUUUAAUUUUAGUUGUUUUUGAUUUUGUUGUUGUUGUUGAAAUAAGCGUUGUUGAAAAAGUCCGGAAACUUAUGUAACAACCGACGUAUGAGUCUGUCUGGAAAAUAAUGUGGAUUUGCCGCAAAAAAACGUCUCGCCUCGUCGCUCUACCAAUUCUUCAGCCGCGGACAGCCGUCGCAAACCGAUGAUGGGCUUUCAAAGGUAAAAUCUGGCUGGAAAAUAAUGUGGAUUCACCGCGCUCAAGAACAGCCCAACGCUCUGGGUUCAAUUUUAUUGGCUUUGCGACGGCUGGCCCCAGCUCAAGAUGCAGUGCGCUACUGCGACGAGGCGAAUUUAUGCUGCGACGAAUUCACAUUAUUUUCCCGACAGAUUGAUACAGACGAAAAGGAGACGAGUGACCGAUCUCCUUGGUUGCCUAAAGCGUUGCUUUACUCCCACAAUAUCGCUGUCUGCAUACAGUAUGAGGUUUGCAAAUCUCUGCAGACAGCCAUGUGCCGUACAUAUUGUUUACACCAAUCAAAACAGCAUUUGGAAACUUUGAAAAAAGCCCCGACAAAAUUACGGGGCUGUAGACAGCAUUUCCCUCAGCUGCUCGUAAUUACAGUCGACUUGAGCAAUUAAAUCAAACUACAGGGUUGGUGGGAGUACAGCGGAAAUACCGAAGCUAUUUGUUUUACAACCCAUUAAAAAUUCCGUCCUGUAAAGGUCGCAUAAUAACCAUGUCCCCAACUAGAAUGGGAAGUGUAAAUAUUCAAUACAUUAAACAGUAAGUAAACAGCCAGUACGCCGGACAUUAGAUAUAGCUUUUGAGGCAUUGAGCUGCACUUUGUAACAUUAGCCGGGUGGGCCACACAAACGAACAUUGCUAAUGCGUUUACACAUGCUCUAAAGAAUGUGCAUAGAUUUUAAAAUCGAAUGUUGCAUUCAAAAUAAAGUGCGGCUUUUGUUUUAAAAUACGAUUUCUGAUUAUGAGUCAUUCUACGGUCUCUCUCUCGCAAAAAAUAAAGAAAGAUUAUUGAAUAAUAGAUCGCCACAUUUAUUGCGUCAAAUCCACAUUAUUUUCCCGACAGACUGAUAACAGCAAAAAAAAUAUGAACAUAUUUUUUUUCUACGUUGACGCCUACUCACGUCUCAGAAAUUGUUCUUCGACAGUUUAAAGUCACAAGAAGCCAGCAUUAUGACAAACUUUCUCGCAGUCGCAACAAUUUUAAAUCUUUAAUCUUCCAGUAUAAUAUGUGGAGUAUUUGUGAACAAAUCUGCCCUACAAUUGUUUUCCCUCUCUACGCACUUUAAAGAAACGUAUUAUUUUGAUUCAUCUCGCACAUGUACGCAAUCAGCUCUCGAGUUAAUGGCGCCUAAUAGCGGACGAAUACACUUGAGGAAGGACAAAAAUAAAUGUACGUGUAAAAGUGCAGAGAAACAUGUAGGAUUUGAAAGAGCGGAGAAGUGUUGUGAUUCCGGGAGUGGAGUUUGAAAACACAAAGUUGAGAGAUUGGAGAUGGAACGCACUUCAAUGAGGAAGUCCUCAAAGUGCGAUCCAAAACACCGGCCAAAACAUACGAUGAUCAUUUUCUAUGACAUGUGCCAGAAUCCUUGCCCGCCAUUUGCUAUUUUUUUCAUUGUCAGAAAACACCAGAGAUUUUUUUGACCAAAAAUUGACAUGAAUAAAAUUUUUUACGCGGCAACAAAACAACCGCAUUUGAAACUUGCUUUUACGGCUUGGAGGACGAAAUGCCACAUUGUUUUUGGCUGGCUCUCGUCGCAAAAACUAAUUUGCAGUAAUUCAAAGUAUACAAACAUGGUUAAACUACAGUGGCGGACCUGAUCCAUUGGCCAAAAAGUUCAAAACGGAGUUUUUUUAGUUGGAGAGGGAGGCAUUUUGCCACAUGUUUGAUACUUCCCGCAUGAAAAAUGAUACGUUUUCUGCCACUGGAUCAGGUCACUGUACGUUUUCAACCGUUUUUAGAUUCAUUUAUACACUUUGCAUUCAGGGCAUGCGAGAAAAAAAUCUCUGCUGUUUUUUUGCAGAGUGCGAGCUUGAAAUCCCUUAUAUGCCCAAGGUGUCACGAAUUCAGUGAGGCACGUGUAUAAAGGGUCCCUGUUCUAGUUCUGAUUUAGGAUCCUAAGCCCAAACAAUACUAUAAAAACAAACGACUACACAAACUUAGAAAAACGACUAACUAAACUCAGGAAACAACUUCACUAAUGGACUCACAAUAAUUGACUCCACGAACACAAGAGUUGACCAUAGACAAAUCGGGGCUAAGGUAGUACAGCCCCCCAGUCCAGUUUAGCCCCCCAUGACCCAGUACAAACCCCCUCGUCCAUUCUGAACCCCAAAAUUUAUUUCAAAGAAAUAAUCCAAGUUGUAUGGUCCAGCACAAGCCACCUACGUUUUAGAUGAAGCCCCCUACGUUUUAGAUCAAGCCCCCUACGUUUUAGAUCAAGCCCCCUACGUUUUAGAUCAAACCCCCUUUUAGAUCAAACCCCCUACGUUUUAGAUGAAGCCCCCUACGUUUUAGAUCAAGCCCCCAACGUAGUAGAUCAAACCCCCACUUACAUUUUUUGCAUUAUUCUAAUUUGUUCAUUAUGUGGGGUGUGAAACGGGCAAAACAGUGGGGGUUUGAACUACCUUUCGUGGGGGGCUCAACUACCGAAGCCCCGACAAAUCAAUAAUAGACAACAGUAGAAAUACGACGGUUUAUUGCUCCAAACAACAUACAGGGCGGGCCAUUCGAACCUUCCGUCCUCAUUUUUUAGAUUUCUCCGCGGAGACUCCGCCGAUUUUCAUGAAAUUUAGAUUUUUUUGGAGCUGAGAUUCGCCAUUUUCAACCGAUUGAUUUUCAAACAAAAAUACUCUGAAUUUACUUUACUAUGCCUUCCCGAAGUUUUUGAAAAUUAUUUUCGAGCCGAAACCGCAAAAACUUGGAAAAUUUUUCGAAUGGUUUUCAAUUGACUUUGUCGGGCUUCGAAAAUUCCUGGCUUUUUUGGUAAAAUCGUGGAGUAAAAAGUCCCGUAUGCUUUCUCUAAACUGGCUUAAAGUAAGUUAAAAGCAAAAAGAGUGUUGUCUGUAUUGCCGUUAUGGUAUGAACGGUGAAAAAAAGUUUUUUGCAACAAGAGUGGACGUGCUUCUUCCCGUAAAGUCCACGUUAAGGCUACAAGCCAUGGCUUGGCGCACAAGUUUUAGCGGUUUCGGCUCGAAAAUAAUUUUCAAAAACUUCGGGAAGGCAUAGUAAAGUCAAUUCAGAGUAUUUUUACCUGAAAUUCAAUCGGUUAAAAAUGGCAAAUCUCAGCUCCAGAAGAAUCUAAAUUUCAUGAAAAUCGGCGGAGUCUCCGCGGAGAAAUCUAAAAAAAAGAGGACGGAAGGUUUGAGUGGCCCACCCUGUACAACCGGGAAAAGACAGAAACAAAGUUAUGAUGAUUGGGCGAUUUCUCUUCUUUUUAUACCAACUUGUUGGUCAUUCCGUGGGAAUAUGCAAAUUCGCACGCGAAGUCGUGACAAAGGAAAAAAUACCAUAACUUUUGCAAAGUUUCCAUAAAAAUUGAUGCGUCGCACUUUGAGCAAAAAAACAAAAAAAGUGCGCAUUUAAAUCCACUUUAUUUACCACUUCCACUGACUCCCAUAAACAUACCGUUUACCGGCAAUUAUCACUCCAUUUCACACUUCCGUUUCAGUGUCUGUACUGUGGUCUUUGCCCGAGGCGGAGCGGCGUCUAAUUGCCGACCUUCACAACUCGUACCGUUCGAAGCUGGCGUUGGGCCUGCUGCGCGUCCAAGACAAGUGGUUGCCGUCCACACAAAACAUGUACAAACUCGUAAGUACAGUGGGCACUCAAACUCCGAAGAUCGGCGUUCAAAGUGUUGAUUACGAAGGCUCAUUAACUCAUCUGUUUUUGAGUAAUAAUUGCGACUAGAAGGGAUGAAUUUGCGCCCAAUUCACGGUAAAUGUAUUGAAUAUUGCGAUAAUUUGAAAAGAGUUUGGCCAGUAGAGUGUUUUGACUUUUUUUGAAAGCCGAGACUUGUCGCCGGACUGCUGGCGUUUUUGCAAAAAAAUAUAAUAAGUCAACAGUUGGUAUACAGUAGACCCGUACAUGUUCUUUUUGUGACGAAACACCAUGUUGAUUAAGUACUGGUCAAGACAUAUACCUUCAAGGCACGUUGGAUUGACUUACCAUACGGGAGUCAGUUACAAUACAAAAUAAAAACUGGGGCUUUGGCAGUUCAGCCCCCACGAAAGGUAGUUCAAACCCCCACUGUUUUACCCAUUUCACAACCACAUAAUGAAAAAAUUAGAAUAAUACAAAAAAAUGCAAAUCAGUAAAAUGUAUAAAUUCUGAAACGAUUCAUUCUCAUUGUUCUUCUCUUUCGAAGCUGGUUGUCAUGUCGGAAGUAUCGACGUUGGAGGGCUUGAUCUAAAACGUAGGGGCCCGAUCUAUGUAAAACGUAGGGGGCUUGAUCUAAAACGCAGGGAACUUGAUCUAAAACGUUCCUUCUCAUCAAGCUUUCAUUGACGCUUUCUGGAGUGCUGUUGCUGGAUCAUACAACCUGGAUUAAUUUUUUGAAAUAAAUUUUGGGAGUUCAGAAUGGACGAGGGGGUUUGUAUUGGGUCAUGGGGGGCUGAACUGGACUGGGGGGUUAUACUGCCUUAGCCCCUAAAAACUGUAGGAAUACGAGCCCCACCUGGAAACAAUGGCUCAGAACCACGCCAAUACGUGCGUCUUCCUCCACUCCAUCGAGCAUCGUCGGCCGAAACUUGGAGAGAAUAUAUGCAGAUAUGUCAUUGAACAGCCCGUUGUUCCGCACGGUAAUUUUUGACCGGCUUGUUGUUCUAUACGGUAAUGUGUGGCGACUUUCAGAGGCGAUAGUCAAAGACUGCAUAGCCCGCUGGUACAACACAAGCAUCAAUUUUGAUCCGGAAAAGUUGAAGUUCAAUGUAAGGCAUUACAUUGGGAACGUCAACGAUUUUACGGCGAUGAUUUGGGGUGCCGCAACAGCAGUUGGGUGUGGCUUGAGGCAAUGCGACGAUCAGGUCUUCUUUGUUUGUAAUUAUGGACCGAGGUGAGUUUUUUAUAAUCGUCAUUCCGGAAAAGUCGCUGGACUUAUUUCUGGCGUUUGUUCUGUGUGAAAAAAAGGGUGCGAGCUACACCCCAAAAUAGCCUAUUGCACGGUGCAAAAAGCCAUAAAUUGAUCAGUGGUCACUAGUUGUAAACCUUUGUUGUCUCACAGUGCCUGUCGCCGAUUUCAGUUCGGUGUCUUUCCGAAAUGGCUAUCAGUCUGUCGGGAAAAUAGUGGCGGGCAGUGGUGUCUUGGAAUCGCCCAUCAUCGCUUUGCGACGGUAAGCCGCAGCUGGGGAUUUGCGCCCUUUUUUUCGACAAGGCAAAAAAUUUUGCUGCGACGAACCGCUACUAUUUUCCCGACAGACUGAUACUUUUUGUUUGCAAGCUGGAAAAAAGAUGAUUUUGAAAAUCCCGUCACUUUUCCUAUCACUAGCGUAUGUUUUGAGAUUUUUAUGUCGAUAGUUUACGAAAAUGUUUGACUGCUUUGCAAAUUUUGACAUGAAAGUUGUUAUACCAUUUCUACUGUAGAGAGUGAUGUUUCCAAAAACAUAAAUUUUUCCGGCACGAAAUUGGUAGAGAGAGAUACGGUCAAUCAGUGUCUUUCUCUGACCUCUCUGCGCGUUUUGCGCACGCUCUUAGCGUCAAAGAUCGUUGUAGUCUAUCUCGGCUGCAAAGGCGAGAUCAAACAACACCUUUAGGAAGUGAUAUGUGCGCAAAAAUUUAGACAGAAUCCCAGACACCUUUCUCUUCAUUUUUGUCGACUGUUUACUGUCGAUCAAUUUCGUAAUCUGCGAAAAAUACGAGAAAUGCGAUAUCUACCACCGCAUGAUUUUUGUAGCUGGUUUAUUUUUAGGAGUAACGUCCUUGACGAGCCAAUCUUUGAGCCGGGACUUCCGUGCCGAGCUGCUAUCGAAUGCACGACCUUUGGGAGAAGUCAGUGUGAGAAUUCGACUGGACUCUGUGUUUCUUAUUAG